UUCCUUCCAAUCUACCUCUUCAUCCCACAUCUAUCAUCUAUCCCUUUGUUGCCCAAAUCUCUCUCUUUCUCUCUGUUUUAGCCUUUUUUUUUAUUUUUUUCCACUUUCUGCAUUGCUUUCUUUUUUUUUUUCUUUCUUUCUUUUGAGGGAGAAAAUGACGGUGAUCAUUCAGCAACCUGAGCUUCUUGGAUAUCAAGAAGAGGAUAAGCAGGCCCCCCUUAGUGAUGAUGAUGUCCAUGAAUUGGUUUUAGAUGGCGAAUUUGUGGUACCCGAGACCAAUUCUUUCGGUCACACAUUUAGGGAUUAUAAUGCAGAAAGUGAGAGGAAAAACACUGUUGAGGAAUUCUACCGGAUGAAUCACAUUAACCAAUCCUAUGACUUUGUAAAGAGAAUGAGGGAAGAAUAUGGUAAAUUAAACAGAGCAGAAAUGAGCAUAUGGGAAUGCUGUGAACUUCUAAAUGAAUAUGUGGAUGAGAGUGAUCCAGACCUUGAUGAACCUCAGAGUGAACACCUGUUGCAAACAGCUGAAGCCAUCAGAAAGGACUAUCCUGAUGAAGAUUGGUUGCACUUGACAGGCCUUAUUCAUGAUCUAGGGAAGGUUCUACUUCAUCCUAGCUUUGGUGAACUUCCUCAAUGGGCUGUUGUAGGUGACACAUUCCCUGUUGGGUGCUCUUUCGAUGAAUCAAACGUUCAUCACAAGUAUUUCAAGGACAAUCCAGACUACAAUAACCCAUCUUACAAUACCAAAUACGGAAUUUACUCAAAGGGAUGUGGGCUUGACAAUGUAAUGAUGUCAUGGGGGCAUGAUGACUAUAUGUACUUGGUGGCCAAGGAGAAUAAGACAACUCUACCACCAGCUGCACUUUUCAUUAUCAGAUACCAUUCCUUCUACCCUUUACAUAGGUGUGGAGCAUACAGGCACCUGAUGAAUGAGGAGGAUGUUGAGAAUCUCAAGUGGCUUCACAUUUUCAACAAGUAUGACCUCUACAGUAAAAGCAAAGUUCGAAUUGAUGUUGAAAAAGUAAAGCCAUAUUAUCUGUCUCUAAUUGAAAAGUACUUCCCGGCAAAACUAAGAUGGUGAAACUUCAAGCUUUGGAUCAGGAUGGUAGACAAAAGCAUUAGAGCGACUACUUUCCAGUGGUUUAUUGAUGAAUAAAAUACCCAAUUUUAGUGAUGCCCUUUUCUUUAUGUAGUGAAAAUAUGAUGUGAAAUAAUUUUGUACCUGGAGUUCCAAUAAAAAGUAAGUGUUCAGACUUUCAUAGAAA